AUGAGUGCCUCGUUGUUUUCUCUUGUUCAGGUUGCUGAUGGGUAUUUGGUGAUUAACAGUGCGACCGGCGGGUCCAAUUCACUGUUGGUGACCAACACCGGCGCGUGCGAGCUUGUCGACGCCGAAAAGCACUACGUCGACAAGACCCCUACUCCGAUCUCAGGAGUCAUUGGCGUGAUCCAUUUACACACAAACCACUAUCUUAUUGUGGCCACCGGUGCGACCGAGGUCGGAAAGGUGUACGGCAACAAGUCUGUUUACAAGGUGACUUCGUUUAGUGUUCUGCCGUUGUCUGCGACCAAGUUCCAGGUCGAUGAGGACGAGGUGAAGUAUCUGGAGCUGCUCAAGUCGCACUUGAAUUCUGCGUCGCUCGUGUUCUCGUACGACUACGAUUUGACCAAGCCGUUGACCAAACAGGCCGACAAAGGAUUCGAGUCCGAGUUUAUGUGGAACUACUUUGUUUCGCAGGAUCUGAUCAAGCUGGCCGCCUCGAACCCCGGCGCGGGCCAGUUCGUGCUGCCGAUCAUCUACGGAUACGCCAAGUUUGUGCGCACCACGAUCAACAUGAAACCGAUCACGUUCGGUCUGAUCAGCAGACGGUCGCGCUUCAGAGCAGGAACGAGAUAUUUCCGUCGUGGAAUCGACGCAGACGGUAACGUGGCCAACUUCAACGAGACCGAGCAGUUCCUGGCCGUCCACACCAGCGAGGGUGACAAGAUUUACACGUAUCUUCAAACCAGAGGCUCUGUGCCUGUGUUCUGGGCUGAGAUGAACAACCUUAAAUAUAAACCGGUUCUGCUGUUGGGCCAGACAGACUACGUUCCAACCAGACACCAUUUCAGCCGGAUGAUCGAAAAAUACGGUACAAACUACCUGGUCAACCUGGUCAACCAGAAGGGGUACGAGGAGCCGGUGAAACUGGCGUACGAAAACGCCGUCACCGCGCUGAACGACCCAAACAUCAAGUACACCUACUUUGACUUCCACCACGAGUGCAAGAACAUGAAGUGGCACCGGGUCAAGCUGCUGAUCGACCAUCUGAAACGGAUCGGACUCUCGCAGGAAGAUUUCAACGUGGUCACUGUUUCCGAGAAGUUUGUGGUCUCCAAGAAACAAAGCCACGUUGUCAGAACAAACUGCAUGGACUGUCUCGAUAGAACCAACGUUGUUCAGUCCACAUUGGGCAGAUUCUACCUGCAGGAGCAGCUGAUCGAGAGCGGAGUGAUCAACGGCGCGCAGGACUGGGAGAAAGUCGAUCCGAAGUUCAACCUGGUGUUCAUGAACAUCUGGGCAGACAACGCCGACGUGGUGUCCAAGUCGUACUCCGGAACUGGCGCACUGAAGACAGAUUUCACUAGAACCGGACAGAGAACCAAAUUGGGUGCUUUGAACGAUCUGGUCAACUCCAUCACCAGAUACAUCAAGAAUAAUUUCAGAGACGGACCAAGACAGGACGGAUACGAUCUGUUCCUGGGCAACAUUCUUCCGUACGAGAUCGCCACGUCUCCGUUCCAGGACCUCAGACCAUCCUCGACGCAAUCGAUCCCAUACAUUCUGUUCACCUCUGUUUCGAUUCUGCUGAUCACGUUCAUCUUCCCGAACGGGUCGCUCUCGUCGUUCAAGAACUUUUCGUUCACUCUGGUGCUGACUGCUCUUGCGGUGAACCUGUUCACGCGGAUCGUGAAGCAGGGAAUCCAGUACGUGAACUGGCCGCGUCUGUGCUCGCUCGACUACCUCACCCACAGAGAGGUGCUGAACGACGGCAAGUUCGACGGGCUUGUUUUCGAGAAGGCCGACUCGUUCAACAAGUUCCAGGACGUGGCCAAAAAGGAGUAA